GGCUCACCGCGAUGCGCUGAAUGAGUUAAUUGUUUUUUUGCGCACAACCCUGACCUUCUAGCAGGACGCAUGCCCUCCUCCGUCGCUGCGAGUACGGGCAUCCCAAACAUUUUCACGAGACCAGAAACCGACUUUUCAAGAGAUUAAAGCUAGCUGCUAGAAAUGAACAAUGCAUUUUCGAUGACAUGGCGAGGUCCAUGCACUGGAAUUCGCUCCUCACUGCCGUUCAAGCCAUCCUCCUCAGCUCGAAGCUUUGCCCGUUUAUUAUGCCUAGAUAGCCGACCUCCAGGUUUGCGCAUGGGAGUUGCGCCCAGCUCAGACCAAGGAGCUUUCAGCUUUCGAACCUCAAAGCAAAGUGGGACCUCUUUUUCUACUAUAGUUUCGUACAAUUGCAGAUUCUACCGCUCCUUUAACACCUCUCAACUCCUCAACGCACAGCCGAGCGCCCCUCCAAAUAGUCGCCAGACGCAAGAAGAAGGCGUUCGAUUCCAACCGCGUGAACUUUCGCAUUCUCAGAUCUCACAGAUAUUUGGGACACCGAGGAUACCUCCUGUUUUCGGGAAUCGUGUUCUUCGAGUCCUCCAUGGCCGGCGACUGGCCGGCACUCUGGACUUGGAGCUGCCGCUAGAUAUCAAGAAUGGGGUUCCACAACAUAUUUUGGACGAUGGCUUGGAGUGGCUCCGCAGGAAUUUCCCUGUUGAUGAAGAUGCGGCCAUUAUGAGGAGAAUUGAGAGGGAAGAACAGGAAGAGGAGGAAAAGUUAAUGCGGCGUGCUGAAAAACUGGGUCUAUACAAGCCUCAAAGCGGAAGAUUUGGAGCGGAGGUUGAAAAAGAAGGAGACGUGUACGGGCGUAGUGUACUCCAAGAGAUUAGGCAGAAGAAUGAGAAGAUUAACAAGAAAAAAGAGGAAGAUGAGAGGCAGCAAUGGUUGGAAUCCGAGGCAAAGGAGAAAGAAAACUUCGCAAGGUCGAUUCAGAGGAAUACCGAAUUGGCAAAUUUUGAAGGAUCCGCGAUCACAGAAGCUCGUCCUCGUGCGGAUCCACAGCUACGCCCUGCUCUGGCAUGGAUUCAAAAGCAUCACAUACGCGCCACAUCUACGAAUGUAGACACGUCGAAGAUGAAUAAGCCACGCCGCAUACUUCCCUCGCUGGGUGUCGCCAUUCUCACCGGCGGACUUUGCUAUCUAUACUCCGAGACAUAUGAGCCUCCCUCUCGUGAACACCGUCUCUUACCUACCGUUCCUCCUGCUGCAGCGACUGCAAUUGGGCUCAUCGGAGCUAAUGUCACCGUAUUUCUGAUGUGGAAAGCGUUCCCUCCGGCAUGGAGGAUGCUUAACAGAUACUUCAUCAGUGUGCCUCUAUACCCAUAUUCGUUAAGUACUAUAGGCAGUGUGUUCAGUCAUCAGCAACUGCGUCAUUUGGGUGCUAAUAUGUUUAUACUCUGGUUUAUUGGGACAAGAUUACACGAUGAGGUCGGUCGCGGUGACUUCCUGGCGCUUUAUCUUUCUUCAGGAGCUAUCGCCUCCCUAACGUCACUCGCCGCUCACGUUCUCGGAAAUAAACUGACCAUCACAUCUCUGGGGGCCAGUGGCGCCAUUGCAGGAUUAGUUGCCGCCUGGUGCAUGCUACACUCGAAUGACAAACUCACGAUUGCAUUCCUUCCACGCGAUUGGCAAGAGAUGUUUUCGGCGAAUGGGAGUACAUUCCUGGCUGUAAUCGUGCUUGUUGAAAUUAUUACUCUAGCGUUACCGUUUAGAAUAGCGGCCAUGGACCACUGGUCGCAUUUGGGCGGAUAUGCUACUGGUGCUCUUGUUGGGUGGCUAUGGAAGGAGAAACGGGAGAGGGAAAGGAAAAAGAAUUUUUGGCAUAGAUUUCUUGACGGAUAUCGGUAGUCGCGCCAGAAAAUGGGUACUUCACAAGUGAGUA